AUGUCUUCUACUGUCUCUUCUUUCAACAUGGGCGCUGCCCACCGUUCCACCUCUUUCGAGAGCUGUGUGUCGUCUGAGCACCAUUCUCACCCUUCCGUUAAGGAUAUCAAUGUCCAGCACAUCGCUGCUUUCAAUGAGAAGAACACCACCCCCGAGGCCGUUCCCACCGGCUACAUCAUCACCUACACCACCCCCGGAAACUGGCUCCUCGGCAGCCACUUCUCCAACACCCACACCCACAUCCACGUCACAAGCAACCCUACCAGCCCCACCCCUGCUACCGCCGAUACUGUCGACUUGCUCUCCCGAGUGUUGAAGCGCGGUUUCUGCUUUGCGGCUGUUUCCGAGUCUCCUCGCCGGGUGGAGAGUACUUUGGAAAGGGAUAUUGAGAGGAUUCAGGCGGAGGAUGAGGAGUAUAGGGGUUUUGUUCAUGUCCAAUGUGUCAAUAGGUUGGAUUUUAUGAUUGGGAAGAGGUUGGCGAACAAGAUGGCCGCUGGUAUCUGA